AUGGUCACUACUGGUCACUACUGCUCAGUGAUGGUCACUGCUGGUCACUACUGGUCACUGCUGGUCAGUGAUGGUCACUACUGGUCACUACUGGUCAGCGAUGGUCACUGCUGGUCAGUGAUGGUCACUGCUGGUCACUACUGGUCACUACUGGGGGUGCUGCUGGGCACCCAGGUGCUGCUGCUGACGUCAUCGGCGGCGGGGGGCGGUGCUGGCUGUGAUUGGCUGCGUGGCGGCCACCAGGGCACGCCCCAGGGCGGGGCCAGCGCCCCUGGUGAUUUAUCAGACAGCGCUGCCGGCCCCGGGGGCGGGGCCAGCCGAGGCCACGCCCACCGUGCCACCCUCUCUCAGGCGCCGCCGGACGGCGCAGGUGCCACCUGCGCGGCCGUGUCCCCGUCCGGGGACGAGGACCGGAUCAUCGGGGGGUACCCGUGUGUCCCCAUGUCCCAGCCCUGGCAGGCGCUGCUCUACGGCCCCCUGCGCUGCGGGGGGGUCCUGGUGCGGCCGCAGUGGGUGCUGACCGCUGCCCACUGCCUCCACAGGGGUCUCCGAGUCCGUCUGGGCGAGGACGACCUGAACCGACGCGAGGGCGCGGAGCAGGAACGUCGAGUGGUCCUGGCCGUGUCCCACCCGAAUUUCGAUGCGGUCACUCUGGACAACGACCUGGCCUUGCUGAAAUUGGAACGACCGGCGACCGUCGGCCCCGGCGUGCGGCCCCUGGCCCUGCCCCGAGGCUGCGCCCCGGCCGGAGCGUCCUGCUUGUUGUCCGGUUGGGGGACGGUGACCACGCCGCAGGUGACCCUCCCGAGCCGCCUGAUCUGCGCCUACGUGCAGCUGCUGUCGGACGCCGCGUGCCGCCGCGCGUACCCGCAGCGCAUCACUCCCAACAUGCUCUGCGCCGGCGUCAGCGACCGCCGCGUCGACUCCUGCCAGGGUGACUCCGGGGGUCCCCUGUCCUGCAAUGGGACCCUGCAGGGAAUCGUGUCCUGGGGGCUGCAGACCUGCGCCCUGCCCGGGCACCCCGGGGUCUACAGCAAGGUGUGUCGCUUCGUGUCCUGGAUCAGGGACACCAUGGACAGCAACUAG